CAGACAGCGUCUAGGUCAGUGGUGUGUUCGUAGCUGCAGCCACUUCCAAGAUGUUAAGUGCGGUUUUGGAAUUCCUAGCUCGUCUCUGCCUGACGUUGUUUCUGUUGGCACCACUUAGCCUCUGUCUCGGACAAGAAAGGCGAUUGGUUUGUUACUUCACCAACUGGGCACCGGAUCGGGCGGGAGAGUAUUCCCUUCAAGUCCGCGACAUACCGGUCGAUCUGUGUACGCAUGUGACCUACAAUUUCGUGGCCGUCGAUUCGCGGAGCUUUGAGAUCAAACCCACGAACCCUAACUUUGACAUAACACAGAAAGGAUUUAAAAAGUUUAGUGAGCUCAAGGAAUCGAACCCCGACCUCAAACUGUCAGUGGCCGUCGGUGGUUGGGCACACGGAGGCCAUGCUUUCCACAACAUGGUUUCAUCUUUGGAUGGGAGAGAAACCUUUAUCGCCAGCGCCAUACAAUUCCUUAAGCGGUACAACUUCGAUGGCAUUGAGAUUGUUUGGCUGUGGCCAGGAAACCCCGAACGUGGGGGCACUGCAAGUGAUAAGGAUAAUUUCUAUUUGCUUGUUGAUGAGAUGAAGCGUACCUUCCAGAGCACCGGUAAUGGUUCUUGGGAAGUGGCCACACAGGUUACUCUGGAUCCAUCUCUAAUCGCACUGGGUUACCAUCAACGUCGCCUUUGUCAGGCAGCAGAUUUUGUGCACGUUGUUGGCUAUGAUCUGCGCGGUUCGUGGAGUGGUUUCACGGAUGUCCACAGUGCACUGGACAAUCGGCCACACGACAAAGACAAAUUGAAGGAUUUCACCGUGAAAGGAGGCGUACGCCAUUGGCUGAACAACGGUUGCCCGGCUGCCAAGAUCGUCCUGGGAGUGCCGCUGUUUGGUCGAACGUACACUCUGACGGAUCGUGGUGCGCAUGGUCUGGUAGCUCGAUCAAGCGGCCCCGGCCAUCCGGGUCCUUACACGCGUGACGCCGGAUACAGGGGUUACUUUGAAAUAUGCCAGGAACAGAAACAAUCGAACUGGACUGUCGAGUGGGAUCCGGUGGGUAUGUGCCCAUAUGCGUACCAUGGCGAUCAGUGGGUUGGAUACGAGAACAACCGAUCACUGGAAGAAAAAGUUGGUUUCGCGGUGACCGAACGACUGGCAGGAAUCUACGCCUUUUCGCUGGACUUGGAUGAUUACCGAGGAAAUUGUGGAGACACAUAUCCACUGAUGAAGAAGCUGUUCCAAGCGUAUAAACCGGUGAGAGCUCCGCUAGCUUCAGUCGAAGAUGUUGGGUAUCCCAUUGUGCGUGCUCGUCGUGAAGCGAAGUGAAAACUUUGCACGAUGCGAGUUUUUAAAAUGUGACAAUUCUGUGAAAACAAAUGUGUACCUUGGGCUUUUUUCUAAAGGGUUUCAUCCGAUGGUUACUAUGCCUAGGCGAUAGUUUAAGUCCUCUGUAGUAGUUCCUUUUAGUGCACAGCUGACUUUGAUCAAAAGUUUUUGAAAUUUCUUCUUUUCCCAUUCUUAUGUAUAAUUUCAAUAAAACAUGAUGUUUGUGAUAUUUUUGCUUCGAAUAUGGCCGAAAAUGUAUUAAAAAAAAAAGAAAUAUAAACCCCACUCACAAAGCUCAUCCUUGUACCGUACUCAGUCAACUCAAAAGCAUCGUCAUUCACGGCGU